GUACCCUUUUGCGUGACAGUAAAAGCGAUUGAAACAGUUCAAACGAGCUUUGUAGCAGGAACAGUGUUAUAUUUUAACUCAGCCUUUGUCCUCUUUCUGUCGUCAUGGACACCAUCCUGUCCUGGCUGUUCUCCUCGGAGGAGCAGGAGCUCUACAUUUUAAACUGCAUGGCUUACUUAAUGAAUUUCAUGGCAGCUUUCACCUUCGUUAGCUUAUUUUUCCAUAAAGUCCCAUACGGAAGGUAUGCUUCGAGCAAAUAUGGGUUUCCUGUUAAUGUGAAGUUUGCCUGGUUCGUUCAGGAACUGCCCUCCCUGUUGUUGCCUCUAUGCUUAGUUUUUUGGACAUCUUCAUCUAAAACUUCUCUAUUACCCAAUCAGCUCCUCAUCGCCAUGUUCCUCUGCCACUACGUUCAGAGAGCUCUCAUAUUUCCAUUUCUAAUUCGAGGAGGUAAAGCAACACCGUUCCUCUCAUUCGCCCUGGCCUUUGUCUUUUGCAUCUACAAUGGCUACAUGCAGGUUCGAUACCUGAGUCAUUACGCUGAGUAUCCUGCAGACUGGGUUACAAGUCCUCGUUUCAUCACAGGUUCUGCUCUCUGGCUGGUGGGCUGGCUGAUGAAUCUCCAUUCCGACCACAUCCUGAGGAACCUGAGGAAGCCCGGCGAGACUGGCUACAAGAUUCCCAGAGGCGGAAUGUUUGAGUACGUGUCCGGAGCCAACUUCUUGGGCGAGAUAACAGAGUGGGCCGGCUUUGCUCUGGCGGGCCACUCGGCCCACAGUUCAGCUUUCUCCAUCUUCACCGCAGUGGUCCUGGCCAACAGGGCUGUGGCCCACCACAAAUGGUAUCUUGCUAAGUUUGAAGACUAUCCUAAAAGCAGGAAAGCACUGAUCCCCUUUCUGUUCUAGAUGGCAGCAGAUCCAGACUGGAAGGUAUUCCUCACAAAACCUUCCCAGUUUUCUUUCUAAUUUCCUGCCGAUGAAAACAGACUGGCAUGCCUGGAAUUUAGGGCCGUUGUUUUUCAGUUAGAUAAUAAUUUGAAGAGACUUGACCUUUAGAAAAAAGAAAAAAACAGGAAAAUACAACAAACUCAGCUCAAAUGUAAUUAAAGUUAUGCGGCUGCAGCAGAAAAUAUGAUAUGUGGCGCCCGGCAGUGAACCAUGCAUGAGAGGAAGUGAACUGCAACUGCUGGAUGGAAAACAAACCGGGAAGACUAAAGCUCUACGUUCACCUCGAAUAAGGAUGGUUUUUCUGUCAGCCUCAUGAUAGGAGAUAUAUUUAUAGAUAUCACAGAAGCCAGUAGGAGGAGUCCGUGGAGCAAAGCGUAACGGUGAAGGCUGGCCGAGGAGCUGCAGGGAAAACCGUCCAAUCGGAGAUCAAGCUCCUCCUCUCAAUAACUCACUCAUGCCUGAAACAAGGAGAUGAACAGCAUGCCUCCGUUAGGGUUCCUGCCAUUCAACAAAGAAGAGAACUUGAUGAAUAAAUGUGGAAAGGGUUUUUUUUUAACUGCUUGUGCUGAUUAUGUGCAGAGCUUAAAACAGACGGCAGCUCAGAGAAAAUGCUGCUGAUCCUCAUGUCUCUUCGCUUCUGCCAUCAUGGUGACUGUUUUUGUUAGUUAGUUAGAGAAAUGUAGUCUUUGUGAGAACUGGAAAAUGAUUUUUACACAUCUGGAUUUAUAAAAAUAAAGU